AAGGAGCACAUCUGCAAGCUAAGCAUACAUACCUUCUGCCUGCCUGCUUGUCCAUGCCACAGCCCCUUUGUGCAGUCACAGAAGAUUCCACAAGUGCUGAGCUUUCGAAUCCCCGUUACAAACAAAAGGUUUCAGGAGGAAGCAAAAACCCUCCAUCAGCCAGGUGGGGAAACUGAGGUACAGAAUUGACAUGGGUUGUCCAAGAUCACAGUCAGUCAGAUACUGACGGUACCAUGACGCAAUCACCAGACAUAAUGUCCCUGCAGAUGAUAUCAGCCAUUAAUAAUUCAUCCUUGAUUCAGCCAGGCUUUUCUCUGCUGAAUUUUGAUGGGCAAGUUUUCUUUUUUGGACAGAAAGGCUGGCCAAAGAGAUCUUGCCCCACUGGAGUUUUUCUCCUUGACUUAAAAAAAAAUGAGCUCAAAUUGAAGCCUGCAUUUUUCUCUAAGGAUUCCUGCUAUCUUCCCCCUCUCCGUUACCCUGCUGUCUGCGCUGUCAGGGGCAGAACAGAGUCUGAGAAAUGCCAGUAUGUCAUCCAUGGUGGGAAAACGCCAAACAAUGAACUAUCUGAUAAGAUUUAUGUUAUGGGUAUAGUAUGCAAGCCUAGCAAGAAAAUCACCUUUAAAUGCACUGAGAAAGAGUUAGUUGGGGAUGUUCCUGAAGCCAGAUAUGGUCAUACCAUUAACACGGUUCAUAGCCGAGGUAAAAGUAUGAGUGUUAUAUUUGGGGGAAGGUCAUAUAUCCCUCUUGGACAAAGAACCACAGAAAAAUGGAAUAGUGUAGUAGACUGUAUGCCCCAUGUGUUUUUGGUUGAUUUUGAGUUUGGAUGCUGUACCUCAUACAUCCUUCCAGAGCUUCAGGAUGGACUUUCUUUCCAUGUCUCCAUUGCCAGAAAUGAUACCAUCUACAUCCUAGGGGGUCAUUCUCUUGAAAAUAACAUCAGACCCCCCAACUUAUACAGACUAAAAAUUGACCUGCCACUAGGCAGCCCAGCUGUGAGCUGCACCAUCUUGCCUGGGGGGAUCUCUGUCUCCAGUGCUCUUGUGACUCAGACUGGCGAUAAAGAGUUUGUCAUGGUUGGGGGCUACCAGUGUGACAACCAGAAGAGGAUGUUUUGUAAUACAAUCACUUUAGAAGAUAACAACAUAGAGAUUGUGGAAAGGGAGACCCCAGAUUGGACACCAGAUAUUAAACACUGCAAGAUAUGGUUUGGUAGUGAUAUGGGUAAUGGGGCCAUAUUGCUUGGUAUACCGGGGGACAAUAGGCAGCUAAUUUCAGAUGCAAACUACUUUUACAUUUUGAGAUGUGGAGGAGCAAGAGAUGAGGAGGAGGAGGCUGCACAAACUUGCAGUCAGACAUCUACAGAAGACCCAGGGGACUCCACUCCAUUUGAAGAUUCAGAGGAGUUCUGUUUUAGUGCCGAAGCCAAUAGUUUUGACGAUGAUGAUAUUGACACCUAUAAUGAAGAUGAUGAAGAAGAUGAAUCAGAAACAGGCUACUGGAUCACCUGCUCUGCCAACUGUGACAUUGACAUCAACACUUGGGUCCCUUUCUAUUCGACUGAACUCAACAAGCCAGCUAUGAUCUACUGUUCCAAUGGAGAUGGCCAUUGGGUCCAUGCUCAGUGUAUGGACCUAUCUGAGGGCAUGCUCAUACGUCUUUCAGAGGCAAAUAUCAAGUACUUCUGCAAUGAGCAUGUUGAUCUUGCUAGAGGGCUGCAAACCCCAAAGAAGGUUCUGCCUGUGAAAAAACAACCUCUGAAACCAUUGCGCAGAAAAACAUCCAUGAAGAUAGCAACUCCAGUGAAAAAAUCUUUUCUUCGGAGGUUAUUUGAAUAGAUUUGAGCUAAUAUUAAGGUUCAGCUAGGAUUAAAUGAAGAAAUCACAAACCAAAGAUAGUUAAUGAUGGUUGCAACAGAAUGUAAUAUUAGAACUCCUAAUGGUGUUUUAUUUUAUUAAUUUUAAUUAUUAGAUUAUUUCAGUUUACUGUAGCUCACAAAUCGAUGUUUAUUAUGUGUAUUGUGGUAGCAUCCAGUGGUCCUAAUCAUGAUUAGUGCCCCAUUGUGCUGGGCACUAUACAAACACAUAGGAUCAUAUUCAGAUAGCCUUCCUCAAAUAGAAUGGUACAUUACUUCAUAAAUAUCCCCAUUGACUUUAAAGAAAACAUUUGAAGAGUAAGGCACUACCCUGUGUGAAAAAUGAUCUAGACUCUGGUCCAAAGGGAAGCCAGCGUUACCAAUUUUGCUUUUGCAAAUCAAUCUAUUCAAUCAGUAGAACUAGAAAUAUAAGGUCUAAUUCAUGACUGCAUUGCUCCAGUUUUACACUAAUCUAACAUCAGUUUAAGUCGUCUGAUUUUAAUUCAUUAAAUUGGAGUAAUGCAGUGUUAGUUCAGGCCCAUUGUAUCAAAAAUAUGAAGGCAUCAAGAGCCAGUUUUCAAAAGGGAUCUCUAAUUUGGGAAGCCUCUGUUUUGGGGCACCUAAUUUUGGACCUAAUUUUGAUUUUGAAAGGUGCUGGGCAGCCACAGAUGAGCACCAGCUGGAAUUGUGGAAGCUCAGCUCACCAGAAAAUCAGACCACUUAUUUAGGUGCCUAAAUAUUUGUUUUGUUUCCAUUUUUCAAGGUGGGGCUCAUGGACAAGCCCUCCCCAUUUAAAAAAGAUCAAUUUGUUCAGCCUGCCAUUUGUGUUUGUAUUUUAAAAUGUAUAAUGAACUAAUAAAGUUUAUAAUAAAAAUGGCC